AUGAAGCAUAUUGGGCUCAUAUUAGUUUUUCUACUAGCUGUGGCGACUUGCAAAGCUGAUGAAGAAAGUACUUGCAAAGAAACACUGUCAGCAUGUGGUCAUACUGAUCAAUUCAACAGUGGCAGUUUCGAAAAAGACUUCAUCUUCGGCGUUGCAUCUUCUGCUUACCAGAUUGAAGGUGGCGUAGGUCGUGGACUUAACGUUUGGGAUGGCUUCACUCACCGAUAUCCAAACAAAUCAGGAUCCGAUCAUGGAAAUGGAGACACUACUUGUGACUCAUAUUCGUACUGGGAGCUAAAUUACUCAAUGUAUACAUACGAGUCAUAUAAUAUGACAAAAGAUAUAGAGGCGCUGGUCGAACUCAAUGCUACUGGCUACAGAUUUUCCAUUGCGUGGUCAAGAAUCGUUCCAAGAGGAAAGAGGAGCAGGGGAGUAAACCAAGAAGGUAUUAACUACUACCGCGGACUCAUAAAUGGCCUCAUUGAGAAGGGCAUAACUCCUUUUGUUACGCUCUUUCACUGGGACCUUCCUCAAGCACUACAAGAUGAGUAUGAAGGUUUCUUGGACCCCCAAAUAAUAAAUGAUUUCAAAGAUUACGCAGAUCUAUGUUUCUAUGAAUUUGGUGAUAAUGUAACGAACUGGAUCACGAUCAACCAGCUCUACACAGUGCCUACUAGAGGCUAUGGAUUUGGAUCAGAUGCACCCGGUCGAUGUUCUCGAGCUCUUGACCCUACAUGUUACGCCGGAAAUUCUUCAACUGAACCCUAUAUCGUUGCACAUCACCAGCUUCUGGCUCAUGCCAUGGUGGUCGAUCUUUACAGGAAAAAUUAUACGUAUGUCCAGCCAAGUCCUAAUCAUCUUGAUUGGGCUAAUCACACUGCCAUGAUGGACGCAGGCGCAACGCUCACAUAUCGUAAUAUAAGUGGUCAUCCCAUUGGUCCACUGUUCACUGAAGACAAAGGUGACGACACCAAAAACACCUAUUACUACCCAGAAGGCAUUUCUUACGUAAUGGAAUAUUUCAAAACCAAGUAUUAUAACCCGUUAAUCUAUGUAACCGAGAACGGAUUCAGUACCCCCGGUGAUCAAACCCGUGAGGACGCUAAGCUCGAUUGCAAGCGGAUUGAUUAUCUCUCCAGUCAUCUCUCUUUUCUCAGUAAAGUAAUCAAGGAGAAGCAUGUCAACGUGAAAGGAUACUUUGCGUGGUCUCUUGGGGAUAAUUAUGAAUUCUGCAAAGGAUUUACCGUCAGAUUCGGACUCAGUUACAUUGAUUGGAAUAAUGUCACUGAUAGAGACCUCAAACAGUCUGGCAAAUGGUAUAAGAAGUUCAUUACCACCAAGGACCUUCCCAAGAAAGAUUUUCUCCGCUCCAGCCUCACCUUCGAGAAGAAGAAGAAGUUCGCAGAUGCAUGA